AUGGGAACCAUUCUUCUCCCCCACCUCGUGACGGGCUGGCACGUCGACCAAGCCAUUCUCAGCGAAGACAACCGCCUCGUCGUCAUCCGCUUCGGCGACCCAACCAACAACCCCGACCUCGACAUCAUGGACGAAGUCCUCUCCAAAGUCGCGCCCCUGGUUCAGAAAUGGGCCGUCAUUUACGUGUGCGAUAUUUCAAAAGUCCCCGACUUCAAUCACAUGUAUGAAUUAAAUACCAACGAAGAGCCGUUUGCAGUCAUGUUUUUCUUCAGAAAUAAACACAUCAUGUGCGAUUUCGGCACAGGUAACAACAAUAAAAUGAAUUUUGUCGAGCGCAAUAGACAGGAUGUCGUCAAUAUUCUGGAAGCGGUUUACCGGGGGGCUACCAAGGGGAAAGGCCAAGUGAAUAGUCCAAAGGACUAUUCCACACGCCACCGAUACUAA